AUGAAGUGUGCUGUUGCUUUAGUUGUCCUCGUCAUUUGCACCAUUGUCAAUGGCCAAAUUCCCAUCAACUUGAGCGAACAACAAAAGAUAAAUGCCCUCCAAUAUAGUGCUGAAUGUUUUGAAAAGGAGCACAGCACUACUGAAGCCGCCACUGCAUUGAUUAAGGGACAAUUUGAUGGCUUGGAUAAAAAUGCCCAAUGUUUUGCUAAUUGUUUCUUGCAAAAGGCCGGCUUCAUUUCAAAUGGUGUUCCUCAACCUGAGGUGUUGUCACAAAAAUUGGGACCCAAUGUUGGCCAAGAUAAGUUGGAUGCCAUUAUGGCUAAAUGCAACAGCUUGAAGGGCAGUGAUAAUUGUGAAACGGCAUUUGUUUUGUAUCAGUGUUAUUAUAAGGAACAUGCUACCCUUGUUUAA